UUAGCAACACUAGUGUCAUGUCUGAUGAUCUGUAUGUUUUGACAGAGGGACGAUACGCAAAAGAUUAAUUCGAUUUUUUGAGACGAUGGCCGUGAUAAGUAAUAUAAUAGGUUUUGCAUUCGUUUAUUUAGUGUUUUUGGGACCCUUUGGAUGUAAAGCAGACACUUGUGCGCAAAAAGGACCAUGCAGUUGCGUGUACCCAAACGGCACCGGUAUAGACUUAAGUCCUUCGGUGCUUCCUCAAGGGUUCUACCAGGUUCAGGGUUUUAAGACAUUCUACAAUGCGUCUGUAGUAUCCCUAUAUGAACUGGACACCUACUACUUCCACCCCUGUGCUGAUGUUUCGCUGAACGUAUCGCGCUUCUCUUGCGAUCGCCCUAUGUCUAUGUAUCGGGAAGUGUACAAGUUGAACAAAACUGCUGGCGCUGGCAUAGGUUCCAUGUUCAAUCUGUCUUACACUAAUUGUGAAUUUCUGGGAAAUAAAGAGGAUGCAAACUUCACUUCUGGGCCAUCCAUCAGCUUCCAUAAUGGACCUUCUACCACUACCAUAUUGUUAAUAUGCAGUGAGGGCGACAGUCGACUACAAAUCUACUCAUUAACCGAACCAAAUGCAGUUAUUUUAGCGUUCUACUCAAAAGAUGCAUGUCUGAAGCAAAUCGAAGAGCCUGGGAGGUCCUUUGGCUCUACUCUUCUCAUAAUAUUCUUCUCCUUCAUCAUAUUUUACCUCGUCCUCGGAGUUUGUACGAAGAAAUUCCUUAUGGGAGCCACCGGGAUAGAGGUCAUACCGAACUUAGCGUUUUGGUCUGAUCUGCCGAAUCUAGUCAAAGACGGCUGGGCGUUCGCAAUCAGAGGUUGUCAACUGCCCACGCGUGGGAUGAGCCCCGCCGGCCCGUCGGAUCCCAACAGCUACGACAGCAUAUAACAUCCAACCGCCGAGAACUUCAGCGAAGGUCAGCUCGUUCUCGUUGAGUAAAUGAAACAUUCACCCCCUACGUAUAACGUCGUAAGUGCACUUACGAUGUUGUUCAGUUAUUUGCUAAGUGAUGAAUUUUCAGAUGGUUGUAUUACACCAUUAAAUAAGUCACUGGUUCGGCAUAGCUUCGCUUCUUCUCUUUUUCGUAUUCAUAAAUAAUAUGACAAGCUUGAAGUCGUACUGUACCGUUUAAGGUAAAUGAAAAAACACAAUUUUAAGACAAGGUGCUGCUGAUCCAAAACUGGUGAACUGUAGGCCUAAGAUGCGCGCCGUGAUAGGCGGUUAUCACACCAUUUUAUCGAUUUUGCCCAUACAAAUUGACGCCGAUAAAAGUUAUCACGGCGCGCAUCUUAGGCCUACUGGUGUAAUACAAAUAUUAUAUCACUACCCAACUUAUAACAAUUAAAAAAUCAAAGGUAAAUAAGUACCAUAACAUCGUAAAUGCACAUACGAUAUUGUUCGUCGUCGAUGUUAUUCAUAGGAGGUGUAGUUAGUUCGCGAGUCUUAAUUCUCCUGAACAUUAUCUUCGGCGAAAAAGGCUUGUUAAAUUGAAACUGAUUGCUUUAAAAAAUCGUAACUAUAUUUAUUAGUUUUUUGUGCCUUCUGUAGCCUAAAUACCGUGUCUGAAGUGCGAAUUCAUUUAUGAAGCUACCAUUUGCAACUUUCGUACAGUUUUUUUUAAACAAAAAGUUAUAUUUCAUGGAAACGCGAUACAAAAGCAAUUGACUAAAAUAUACAUUUUAAUCGUCUUUCUAUCGAAGUCUACUCAGAUGUUCUGACGUGUUUUUUAUAUUAUAGCGAGUGCGUACGUACUAAAAAUAGUUCUUCGUCUAUUUCGUGUAUCGUUGAUGAAUUCAUAACAAAUGUAUUACCGUUGCAUUGAAAAUAUUAUAUACUGCUGAUUAAAACCAGAGUAAAUACAAAUGAGUAGGUCAUCUUCAUAGAAACGCCCGAGCGCAGUUUGUAUGUGAGCGCGUUGUAUUUACUCUGUUAAAACCGAAAAGUGUACUAAAAUUAUUAGAAAUUAUAUUUACUUCAAUAAAAAAAAACUUGAGGAUAAGCCAACAAACAUAUUUUAUAUAAUCUACAUGGUUUAUCAGUCCAUAAUAAUUUUGUACUCAUUAAUGUUGUAUUUACAUAACACCUUGCAUCGCCCUUCAUCAAUAACAAGGUCGUAAGUGUUAAUUAAGUGAUAGGCUUGACUUGCCAAAAACGAAGCGUAAUGCACACAUUGGACCUAUUUUAUUUUCUUAAGCAACAGGAAAUUUUCAAAUUUUGGCGCUAAAUGGUUGGAAAAAAAAUUCCAUUGAUGGAACUAAAUCAGUCACUUUGUUAACUUUUUACAACUAACUUACUAAUUUCAUAGCAAACUAAUUAAAUAAAAUAAAAAGAAAGAAAGAUACAUUUAUAACAAUGGACAUCACACAAAUACAGGCAAUUACAUAGACAUGACAGUGGCACAUAAUAAUGGAAGAAGAAAAAAAAACAAAAGUAAACAGAACAGUGCCACCCAUUAACCAUUAAUAAACCCCUAAUACCAUUUUUGCACACAUUAAAAAUGUUCCAGUGAACAUCUUCAUUUAUUAAUAACGACUAAUGACCUAGAAGAAAGACGGAAUUACUGAUCUUCACGAGUAGGAUACAAUAGAAGGACUGAAAGAAAAUACAAAUACAAUGUUGUAAGUACUAGUACAGUUCAUUUUUAGGCCCCAUGGUUGUUGGAUUGUUAAGAUUACGGUUGUAUCAGCGUUGUUUGGAACAGUAACAGUGUCAGUAUAAUUAUUAUAAUGGCGCCUUCAAAUUAAAGGCGUUGACAAUGCGCUAAAAAUAUGUACUUGCAAGUGUGCUUCUAGAAAUUGUAUGAAAACUAGUAAGCUCGGCGCACUGCGGCGCUUCCUCACGCCUCAAAUUUGAAAGCUCCUAUAGUGUUUUAUUUAGUUGUUAUUAUUUGAUUUCUACAUUUGUAUAAUAAAUAUUUAAUAUAACUAUACUGUAACUCGAAUAUUUAACAUUUGAUAUAUGAAAGUGCCAAUUUAUUAAAAAGAAUCUCACCGGAAUUGGUGGUUUGUUGUGGUGAUAUAUGAAAAAUUCUCAAAAAUUGCGAUCUUAUAAAAAUUAUAUUCCUCUGAAAUAUAUGAAAGGUUUCUCUACUAUAGAAUUUAGCAAUAAUUUUAACAAUAGCAACUGCGCACUGAUACUUUAUAUGCGUUUUUAUCUAAGACAAGUAAUGUAAAAUAUCUAUACAUAAAUAUCUAAGAGAACUGUGUAACUUGUAAGUUGU